AACCUUUUCUUUUAAAAAAGGUGUUCCAGCUACCUAGAACUGGAAAUCUAACUAGUGUCUAUGAAUUCUUCCUCCUGGAACUCUCAGAUGAUCCAGACCUGCAGCCCUUCCUCGUUGGGCUGUUCCUGUCCAUGUACCUGGUCACCAUGUUGGGGAACCUACUCAUCAUCCUGGCUGUUGCCUUUGACUCCCACCUCCACACCCCCAUGUAUUUCUUUCUCUCCAACCUGUCCUUGGCUGACAUGGGUUUCAUCUCUACUACCAUCCCCAAGAUGAUUGUGAAUAUCCAAAUUCACAGCAGAGUCAUCUCCUAUGCUGGUUGCUUAACCCAGAUGUCUAUUUUCAUCCUUUUUGGAAGUAUAGAUGAUAUGCUUCUGACAGCAAUGGCCUAUGACAGGUUUGUGGCCAUCUGUCACCCAUUGCACUACCCUGUCAUCAUGAACCCACGCCUCUGUUGCAUCUUAGUUUUGCUGUCUUUUUUCAUCAGCCUUUUGGAGUCCCAGGUGCACAAUUGGAUUGUGUUACAACUUACUUGCUUCAGUGAUUUGGAAAUUUCUAAUUUUUUCUGUGACUCUUCUUUACUCCUCAAGCUAGCCUGUUCUGACACUUCCACCAAUAACAUAGUCAUGUACUUUGUUGGUGCCAUUUUUGGUUUUCUCCCUAUCUCAGGGAUCCUUUUCUCUUACUCUAAAAUUGUUUCCUCUAUUCUGAGAGUCCCUUCAUCAAGUGGGAGGUAUAAAGCCUUCUCCACCUGUGGUUCUCACCUGGCAGUUGUUUGCUUAUUUUAUGGAACAGGUAUUGGGGUGUAUCUCAGCUCAGCCAUCUCACAUUCUCCCAGGAAGGAUGCAGUGGCUUCGGCAAUAUACACUGUGGUCACCCCCAUGCUGAACCCCUUCAUCUACAGUCUGAGGAACAGAGACAUCAAAAGGGCCAUGAGGAGUUUCCUUGGAUGCAACCUAAUCUCAGUAUCCAUGGAGUGUAGGUUGAAAAAUGCAGAAAAACUAAGCCUGUAUACUUAA